AUGCUAUUAUCGUUUAUGAGCCAUUGCUUUUAUAAUACAAAGCAAAAAGAAAAAAAAAUCUACAGAACAAACAAGAAUGCUCUUCUAUCGAACACUAGUUCUCCCUCCGCUGUACCAUCUCCUUCGUCUCCACCUCUAGAGCAACCCAUUCCUUUGAAGGAUGAUGGCAACGAACAGUUUGCUGCUCCACUUAGGUCUCCUGAUCCUGCCUUCCUAUCCAAUUCCACCGCGAUUCAUGACAUUGAGAGUAUGAAAGGUAUUGCUCCAAGAUUUGAUACUCAUCUACAUGGUUCAGACUCAGUUCAUUCACGACAAUUUGCAUCUUAUCUUGAUAACAUUCAUUCUACUCAGCAACUGACUACUGAUGAGCAAGCUUCACUUAUGGCACCAAUCAGUUUAAGAUAA